CUCAGUUGUCAUCGGUAAACACUCAUCUAGACUCAAACAAUGACUUAUCUGUGCUAUCUCGUCAGCGUGCUGGGAGUUCUCGUUUGGUGUCACGUGCAUGCUCUGGAAGUACAUUUCGUAGAAGUUGACGGCGAUGAUGCCGACUUGGAAGAACGAAGGCGGAAUGAUAUGUGGAACAGUUUGCCCGAUGUGCUGAAAGAACUUCACCCACCGCCAAGCGGUCGACAAUUUGACUCAAAUGGAGCAGCCGACCCUCAGCCAGCAAUGGGACACAUCAUAUAUGAAAACAAGGAGAUAUUGGGAAACGAAGAAACAGAAGAGCUGUUGUUUGAGGGCGAUAUAUAUCUUGGACCUGCUAGACAACGAAAUGCCAUAAUUUACAAGACCCGAUUAUGGCAAAACGGUAUCGUGCCUUAUGAAAUCGACUCGUCUUUUGACUCUAGUUCCGUGGCAUCCAUCAACGCGGCUAUAGCGGAGUAUCACAAACACACGUGUAUACGAUUCGUACAGCGUUCGAGCCAGCAAGAUUAUUUGGCAAUAUAUCCUGGCAACGGUUGUUGGUCUAGUAUCGGCAGAGAUGGUGGACGUCAGGCACUGUCGCUUGGAUACGGAUGCACAUUCAAUAAAGUUACACCCAUGCACGAAUUCAUGCACGCCGUUGGGUUUGCUCACGAACAAAGCCGAACCGAUAGAGACAGCUAUGUAUACCUGAUAUCACAGAACAUUCAAAGAGGAAUGGAAUAUAACUUUGAAAAAUAUGGAACGGAUUACAUCGAUGACCUUGGCUCCAGUUAUGAUUACCAUUCUAUCAUGCACUACCACCACACCGCGUUCACAAUCAACGGGGAAUCGACCAUUUUACCAACACGGGCUGGUGUGAAACCAGAAGAUCUCGGAUCGAGCCCACAGUUCACUUCAACAGAUAUUUUCAAGCUCAAUCGCUUAUACAAUUGUGAUGGCGAUGACGGCGAUGAAGGCGACGGCAAUGAAGGAGGCAAUACAUGGAGGGAUGAUCUGCGUUGUGGGUCCAACUAUCCUCUGUCCUCUGGUGCGCUAUCACAAUGUGACCCCAAUGGAAUAUAUCCAUGCUGUUCAACGGGCGAUUGGUGUGGUAAUACGCACGCGCACUGUGAAUGCCCCGGAUGUGUAGAUUAUCGUGAAGAUAACGGAGGAGAAGAUGGAAAUGAAGGCGACAAGAAAUGGAGAGAUGACCUCCGCUGUGGGUCUAACUAUCCCCUAUCCGAUGGUAGCCCCUCAGAAUGCGAUCCCACUGGCAUAUACCCGUGCUGUUCAACAGCAGAUUGGUGUGGUAAUACGUAUGCGCACUGUGAAUGCUCCGGAUGCGUUGAUUAUAGUGGAAAUGGUGAUGUGAAGCAAUGGAGAGAUGACCUUCGUUGUGGGUCCAACUACCCUCUGUCCUCUGGCGCACCUUCCCAAUGUGAUCCAAAUGGAAUAUAUCCAUGUUGUUCAACGGCCGAUUGGUGUGGUAAUACGUACGCACACUGUCAAUGCCACGGAUGCGUGGACUACACGGCAAAAUGACAAUACUGAAGCAAUACAUUUGGCGAUUGUACGAAGACGAGAUUCAUCGUUUGAAAGUUAAACUGAUUUGGUAAUAAGUAAUUUAUGUUUAAAUAUGACAUUAUGCAAUAAUAAAUCAUGUACACGAUCGUGUCAUAACA